AGAAAAUUGAUGCCGACGGACGACAUCCACACACGAGUGUAAAUCUUUUUUAGCAUGAAAAAAUUCUAUAAAACUAACAGACACUGUGUGGUCGGUUAUCAUUCGUGUGAGCAGACGACGACGGCGACGACAUCAUUCUGUUGAUUUUUGAUAUUGAAGUUGAAUUUUUUUCGUGAUUUUGAUUGAUUGUGCUGCAGCAGCCCGAAUCUGUUCAAUACCCAGUCCCCCCUGCCCCCACACAUACACUCAUACACUCACACACACACACACACACACACGCACACACACACCGCACAUACACGCCCCCUAACGUGAGGCACCGCGCGUUCCACAGUCGCAACUCGAAACUGAGGUUGGACCUAAAGGAUAUCUUUGCGCGUGCUCUUGGUUUCAGUUCGCAUUUGAACGCCUGCUGGUGCGGAUUGUCUGCAACGCGCCAAAAAGAACUAAAAUUAUAACAAAAUUUAUAUAUAAAAAUAAAAUAAAACACAAAAAAAAACAUCUAUAUAUACACGCCCAUCAAUAAUAUAUAGAUUAAAAAAAAUAAAAACACACGUGUCUCUUAACUCUGUGUGACAAGUCUGACAAGCCCCAAAAACUAGUGUAAAGCAAAAACAAAAAAAAAAAACAAAAAUUGUUAAUCAUUGAAAAACCAAACGCUGCAUAAUUAAUUCGUCUGACCCUCAAGGUUCAUGCAUCGUCAAUAAAUAAUAAAAUAAAUAUUAUUUGUUAUUGUGCCGGAGACUCGAACGUGUGUACUCUUCCUCUCAACAAUAAAAAAAAAAUCUCUCUCUUUAAUUAAUAGAAAGAGAGUGAGAGACAAGCAAAAACAAAUAUAUAGAAAGUAAUAUUAUAAUAAUCAAACAACAACCACAGCAAAAAUGAAGCUCUUUGCAGUAUUCUUGACAUUAGCACUUUUCGCCCUAACAACUCUUGUGCAGGGCUUCAGCCUGCCAGAUCCGAAUGUUAAGUGCUCCAUGGAGUGUGAUACACAGGAGGAUGCGGCAAUUUGUGCCGCCGAUGAUAAGGGGACCACCAAGACUUAUCGCAAUGUUUGCAUUAUGAAGACAGAGAAUUGCCUACAGAAUGCAAAUUUCCAAAAGAUCAGUGACAAGGAAUGUCCGUAGAAAUGACGAAAACAUAAUAUUGAAUUGGAAGUAGAAUGAAACUUAUCCUCAUUCUCCCUCUUGCGUGGUAUUUGUGUGUGAUAUUUUUAAGUUGUGCUCCAGCAGAAUACAAAAACAACACGCCUCUCUUUCCCUGCCCCAGCCCAAGACUCCAAACGCUUCCCUAGUCCCAAAAUACCCCGCCCCUUAAUGCAUAAAUAAUGAUAUUCGUAUUCUAUAAUUAUUCAUAAUUUUACAUAUUUUUAUAAAAUAAAAAAUAAAGUAAUCUUAUUCUACAUACGCA